AUGGUCGCACCACUAUACACGACAGACUCUGGCCUGCUCUUCCACGCCGGUAAGAUCCUCGUCCUCACAGUAGGUCUUCCGGCGCGGGGCAAGACCCACAUAUCGCGAGCCUUGGAGCGCUACCUGCGGUGGACUGGUGUGAAGACCCAAGUCAUUUCUCUGGGCGACUACCGGCGCAAGGUAUUGGGGGGUGCGCAGAAGCUUCCGCCAGACUAUUUCACUCUAGAAGGGAAGAAGAGCCCCGAGACGGUCGCCCUGCGGAAGACUGUCUUGGACGGCUGUGAAAAGCUCGUCUGGGACUUCUUCAAUGCAGGAGGUCAGGUGGUCAUCUAUGAUGCCAACAAUGGCAGUCGCGAGCGGCGUCAGUACAUUGCCGAGAAGUUCAGCGAGGUGGGGAUUCAUGUUGUCAUGCUAGAGUCGAUAUGUGAUGAUGAAGAAAUUAUUCUCUCAAAUAUCCGCAGUGUCAAGAUCUCUUCUCCUGAUUACCGUGGGUGGGAUCCAGAAAAGGCUGUUGCUGACUACUACGGUCGCAUACGAGAACAUGAAAUUCAUUAUGAACCCGUGGAAGAGACGACGUGGCCUUUCAUUCGUAUCAUGAAUGUGGGUGAGAAGAUUAUGGUCAAUAAUAUUCGUGGUUACUUGCAGACGAGGAUAGUCUUCUUCCUGAUGAAUAUCCACAACAGAUUUAGGACGAUUUACUUCGCCCGGUCCGGACAGUCUCUCAUAGAACACUCCUACAAAGCUGACUCUGACCUCUCCCCUGCCGGCUGGGAAUAUGCCGAACGCCUCAAAGAAUUCGUGCUCGAGAGACGAGUCAAGUCUCUGGAGCAAAGGGGAAUUGAUCCUACAACCCGUCGGCUGGUCAUCUGGACCUCCACCCGCCGCCGCUCGCACCACACAGCAUGGCCGUUUCUCAGUACCCCAGAACACGACUCAUCCCCGCCAGCGAGGGUGAAGGUUGUCGAGCGGCCGCAGAUGUCUGAGAUCAACCCCGGUGUCUGGGAUGGCCUGUCUCCCGACCAGGUGCGGCGAUACUACCCCGACGAGUGGGAGCGGUUCGCCAACGAUCCGUAUGCCUACCGGGCUCCCCGUGCAGAGAGCUACCAUGACCUCUGCGUCCGACUAGAGCCCACCCUCAUUGAGCUCGAGCGCGAGCGCGAGGACCUCCUCAUUGUCGGGCACGCGUCCGUCAUCCGCUGCAUGCUGGCGUAUCUCAUCGGCCUCCCCGCCUCGGAAAUCCCUGCCAUAGAGGUCGCUCGCGGAGACCUGCUCGAGGUCGUUCCCACCUCGUAUGGCGUGUAUAGCCAGGCUUACCACUUCUGGGACGGCCCUGGCAGGAGUGGCACAAAUGGGGUAGGCAAAGACGAUCAGAACUUCUACGAAAACUACGCGGAAGACACGCAAGGGAAGAGAAGGCCGGAGAUAGAGGAGGCUACGAUCGCAUGA